UUAUCGCAGGGACUUAUAUUUGUCGGAGCUUUCACACUAUUAGGAAGAUGGAGUCCAGAAAACGAAAAGUCCAUAUUUUCAUCAAUUUCUCUUUCCGGUGUACAAGUCGGAACGUUUGUUGGUUUAAUUACGACGGGAUAUAUUUGUGAACAUAAAGAAUGGCCUUUCAGCUUCUACACAUUCGGAAUAUGUGGGAUUGCCCUUUGUGUAUGUGUUACGUUUACAGUUUAUGACAGACCACGAGAACAUCCCAGAAUAUCUGAAAAAGAAUUGACGUUUGUUAACGAAAGCGUAACAAACAUCGCUUCGGGGGAGACGAAAUUGAAUAUACCCUGGAAGAAAAUUUUAAGGUCAAGAGGAGUCUGGAUAGUAACUUUGACGAAAAUUUGUACCAUUUUCGCUUAUACAACAAUAUCGACUAAAUUUCCAUCAUAUUUACAGAACAUUCUUCACUUUCCUAUCCAACAGACUGGACUAAUACAUGCAUUAAUCUAUUUCACGGAAUCUGUAACCAUGAUUAUUUCCGGUUUUAUUGCGGAUUUCGUGAGAGCACGUACAGACUUAAGCAUAACUAAUAACAGAAAACUUUUCGAAGCAAUUGGUACAUUUGGCUCGGCAACGUGCAUUUUAGUAAUUUCAUUUCUAGGCUGCGAGAAUACAAAAAUAAUCGUUUGUUUAAUGAUUGGAAUGGCGUGUCACGGCUUCACUAAUUCAGGAGACAUUGUGGUAGUGUUUGAUUUAGCUCCAGAAUUUGCAGGUGUCCUUUUCGGGUUGACUAAUGGUUUAUGUAGUAUCUCGGCUAUACUCGCACCUUAUAUUGCUGGUAUUAUAUUAGAAAAAAAUGAAGGAGACACGAUUCAAUGGAACUACGUAUUCUAUAUGGCAUCUUUCGCUUAUUUUCUGGGUGGUGUAAUAUUUUUAUUAGGAGCUACUGCACAACUUCAACCUUGGGCUACCAUUAAUACAGACAAGAAACAAGAUAACAAUUGAUUUAGAAUAUAAAUCAAAUUUUAUUUGGAAUGAUAAAAAUUCUGCUUAUAGAAUAAUUAGAAUCACAGGCACGCAGAAUUGUUCUUGCAAGUUACACAGGCACCACUCUUGUA